AGCCAAGAUAGGAAGAAAAGUGCAGACAGAUCCUUAUUCCAUCCCGCCAGCAAUGACAACUACGCUAGAUGCCAAUAAAUUAGUCAACAUCGCAAACGGAGGAUCCGAGUUAGGCCUACAAACCAACGUUAAAUUCUCAUAGGCUGAGAAUAUAGAUAUCGUAAAUUAUUUAGUCCUGACAACAUCUUUUUAUACCGGAAAGCAGUUCAAGGCCUAUAAAAGCUUUGAUGCUUAAAAAUAUUUUGUGGCCGGCUGCACAAUGUCAGACUGUGGAAAGUGUACGAGAUGUCCAACUACAUAGCUUACUCGAGGCUAUGAUGUAUCCAGAAUUUCAACACCGACCCCCUCCCCCUUCUUAUCAAGCUUCCAUGCAAGAAUAUCGCUUAAGGCUGCUUCUACUAGACCGUCAACAUGGGGCAGCACCAUCGUCAUCUACAGUUUCACCACCCCCAACAUAUCGCUCACACCCAAGCACUUUGCAAAGACAACCCCUGAACUUGGUAGAACGAGAGAAUAGUCGACCUCCAAGUUACCGGUCGCGAACUAGUACAGGUGGGCCGUUGCGAGCAAGUUCGGAUACUCUGGAGUCUCGACAAAAUGGUAGCGGUGCCAUACAAGCAAACACUAGUCACAGCCGCAACCUGUCGUUAAGUUUAAGUUUCUUAUCACACGAAUCUCUCUUUGUGGACUCCAGUCACUCUCCUCGCCCAACAGAUUUAUCCGUGUCCACUCAGGUCGCGCAAACUGUUACAACCCCUAGUGGUCAGAGCAGGAACAGUGCAAACUGCAAUAGUCUAGUGACACAAAUGGGAUCUCAGAUAAGCAUAAACCAAACGGGGUGUGACAGCACUGAACAAAAUAUUCGGAAAACUAUGGAUGUUAACAGGGUUACCAUAGUUCAAACUACUGACUCUUCUCAAGUAGUCACUCAAGAUGCUGUGAUUGUUUCUGUAAAUGGAUCGCCUGUUGCGCCAUCUAGUGUUAAUCAAGGAGACGUACAGAUCUUAGCACACGUAUGACACCGCAUGGUAAAAGUUUCAAUAAACGACCUCAGGUUACAAACUUGUUUUUAUUUCAAUAUUUUUGUAU